AUGAGACCGGGCGCUGUUCUUUUUGAAAUCGAUCCAUACGGUUGUUGUGAUUUGUCAUUUAUAUUUCGCCGUUGGGCAGAAGUUUUCAAUCUGCAAUACGCUCUACGGAUUCCGUCGACAGGUAACAACAAUAGGCAAGAUGAAGUUUGUUUACGUGAAUCCCAAAUUGAAGUUAAUGUCAAAGAGAUCAUUGAUGAACUGAAAAAUUCAAUCAUCUUCCAUGAAGCUACGAAGAUAUUCUAUCAUGAUUUAUCAUUUCUGUUUCCCAACACAGUGUGA